ACCUUUGAUCUGCAACUGAACAUCACAAAUCCAUUCUUCUUCGCAAAUUAUGUAUCUUCAAUUCCCCCAGCUCGAUCGAACAAAUCCCCGGUAAUGGAAAUGGGAAUGGGAAUUGGAGGGAAAUAUCACAAUAAUUGAAAACAAAUAAUUUCAUGGGGCCGGUCGAAUUUAAUUUCUUGGAAGUUUGUUACAGGCGGUCAAGUCAAAAUUGAGCUGUACCUCAGGGUUUCUCAUUUAGACGUCCCGUUAAUUUGUCAUUGUUUCGUGUCAGUCCAAUUUUUUGCCACCAUAUAUAUGCCAUGCAUCAUUUCGUCCUCAUUAUUUAACCAAACUAUGUCUCCAUAUCAAAUAGCUUGGCUUGUGGGGAAGUUGAAAGGUAGGGGAUGGAUUGGCUUAUUCGUUAUUAAUGCCCGGCCCCAUCAGUCCACAAGAUAGCGAGGAGAGUCUAUCCAAUAUUAAAUGCUGCUGCAAAUUUUGGUUUCGGAUUUUUGGUUCUAACCGAAAUCGAAUUAUCCACAUAAUUUUAUCGAUUUCCUUUAAUAUUUACAAGUCGAUAUGAUGUAAGUGAUUUCGAUUUCAUUUAAAAUAAAUAAAUAAUUCGAUGAUGUAAGUGAUUCAACCCCUCCCCCCCAUUUCUCCAUAUCGAAACCAACGGUUAAGGAGCUAAUUAAGGAUUUUCAAUUCUUAAUGGUUUCAAUUUCAGUUUUGGGGAACUAACCAUUUCGUUAAUUGUUCGACUAAUCUAAUCGAACAUACAAGCCAAAUUAGCAUAUGUUCAUUCUACUGGUUAGUCUAAUUCUGGUGAGAAAUAAGACCUCUAAAUAAUGAAAUUAUAAAAGAACCAUAUUCAAUAGAUAGAUUUCGAGAUUUCAAAAUGAGUAUGAGUUAGUAGUGAGUCCCCGACUGAUUGUCUCACACCUACUUGUAUUUUGAUAAAUUGACCCGAAAAAAUUUCAUAUUUGGUUGUGUACAAUGAAUGAUGUAGAUAUUUACUCGAAUCGGGUUAUUUGUCAAGGUCUCGUGUGUAUCUCCUCGAGUAAUAGUGAAACUGACUCUUUUUCUUGCCUAUGAACUAGCUAACAUAUAUUGUAUUAGUGAACACGUAAAUUAUAUAUAUUUUUAUUUUCUUUUAUUGUCAAUUAUCGCAGUCCGUUAGUUCUAAUAAAGUGCCCGCCCCUAUGCCAUAGCCAAUGUUGCAAUACGUCGUAGCAAUGAGUGACCAAUCCUCCCAACUACCCAACUAGCUACUAGUAUUCUCAAUAUAAUGACCAGUGGCAAGCUAACAUACAGGUUAGAGGUUACAAACCAAACGGCUUCACUAUACACAGGAACAAAGCUAGCUACCAGGCGAGCCGAGGUUCAUCUUGUUGAGAGCCAGAAAUUUCUGGAGUAGCGUCCUACGUACCUUCUCACCCACGGAAUCUCCUUCCAUCCUUCCCUUCAAUUCGCCGCCUCCGCAACACGAUGACCACCGCAGCCGACACAACCACUUCCACCACCGGUACUACCAAUGACACCGCCGGCAAGGUCAUCACUUGCUUAGCCGCGGUGGCGAGGGCUCCAAACGAACCGCUCGUCCUCGAAGAGAUCGAAGUGGACCCGCCGCAGAAGGCGGAGGUCCGCAUCAGGAUCCUCUACACCUCCAUCUGCCACACCGACACCAGCGCCUGGCAGGCCCGUGUACCCGACGCGCAGAAGGCCUUCCCGCGGAUCCUGGGCCACGAGGCCGUCGGCGUGGUGGAGAGCGUCGGCGAAAGGGUGACUGACGUCAGGGAAGGGGACCACGUCAUCCCAAUCUUCAACGGCGAGUGCGGCGACUGCGCCUACUGCAAGUCUGCCGCCACGAAUCUCUGCCAGCAUUUCCGGGUCGACCCGUUCCGCUCCGUCAUGAGGAGCGACGGCGCGUGCAGGUUCAGGAGCCGGGCCGACGGCCGGCCCAUCUUCCAUUUCCUCAACACUUCGACUUUCUCUCAGUACACCGUCGUUGACUCGGCCUGCGUCGUCAACAUCCUCCGUCCACCUCACCCCGAUGAUGACGGCGUCCCACCGCCUCCGUCUACUCCUCCGUCUCCGCUUCAUCUCAAGAUGAUGAGCUUGUUCAGUUGCUGCGUCUCCACCGGUGUCGGGGCGGUCUGGAAUGUUGCAAAUGUACAAGCUGGAUCAAGCGUCGCCAUCUUCGGGUUGGGAGCUUUGGGACUCGCUGUAGCUCAAGGAGCAAGGGUUAGAGGAGCUUCCAAGAUCAUAGGGGUUGACAUUAACCCCGAGAAGUUCAUCAAGGGAAAGGUGAUGGGUGUUACAGACUUCGUAAACCCAAUGGAAAGCUCCAAGUCUGUCCACGAGCGAAUCAGGGAACUUACUGGUGGUGGCGGCGUUGACUACAGCCUGGAAUGCGUAGGGAACCAACAAGUCCUCCGCGAGGCCUUCCUAUCCACCCACGAUGGAUGGGGGCGAACUGUGCUGGUAGGGAUUUAUGCAUCUCCCCAACUGUUGCCACUCCACCCGAUGGAACUUUUCGACGGUCGGAGUAUCACAGGGACAAUCUUCGGCGGUGUCAAAGGGAAAUCCCAACUCCACGACCUUGCCCACCGAUGCCUGCAACCCGAUAUGAAUAUGCAUGAGCUUAUAACCCACGAGCUUCCCUUCGAGAAAAUCAACGAGGCGUUGCAACUACUCAUCGAUGGGAAAGCUUUGAGGUGUCUCCUUCAGUUGUGAGUUCUAAUGAUUAACGUGUGUGUAGUAAGAUAAACAUAAUCAGAAAUUGCACCAUCGAUGAAUUGAAAAAAGUUGUUCCAAAAGCGUCAAAGCCUCGUCCAUCUCUGCUAUAAUGUCACCAUGAUUACGAAACCAAAAAAGUACUAGAAACCAUGUAAACCUUUCUAUCCCUAUAAAAACUAGGAACUCUGGCACAUUUGUAAGUUGUAACAAAAAAAAAAAAAAAAA